AUAAUUUAACUUAUGUACAUAACGGCGCAGCAUAAGCACUUUUCUAUUUAGUAAUUUAUUGCUAGGUAAGCGUCUACGAUUCCACUUGUCUCGAGUACGCUUACUGUUGGUGUUGUUGUAUAUGCGGUCAAUGUCUGAAAACAUACGGUUAAGUAGAAGGCAAAGUUCCGCCGAUAUGUGUGGUGUCAAAUUCCCUUGUGUGUGGAAUUAUGCAUUUGUUUGUAAACAAUGCAAUGCGCUUGGAAACAAUUAGUGUAUUUGUAUAUUCACUGCGCAAUCAAAUAUAGAACUACUUAUUAUUAUAUUAAUAAUAUGUAUUGCCCAUAUAACUAUCGCAUAUACAUUACACGGCAUUAUCGCUUAUCAACAAAGUAAUUUGGAUUCAGAAGUAGCAAAUCCACAAUAGAUGCAAUUCGAAUGGUGACAGAGAUAGCACGAAAAGCUAUAAGUGGCACCAGGUUGAGAUUUGACGAUAAUACACUGAAUCAAUCAAUAUUAUUGCUGAAUGGCUGAAUAAAGCAAACCUAGACCUCGCAACAGAAAAAAUAAGAACAGAAAGGUAAAAGAAUUGAUAACUUUUAGGGCAGUAAGUUGUAAAAUAACAUUCCGACUCUAUAUAAAGUACAUAAGAGUACUAAUGGACACUCGUAUGCCUUUCAAAGAUCAUCUUAACAUAGUGAACGAUAAGACAAUACGUGUAUAUGCUGCGCUAACACGCUCUAUAGCAAAUAUUGGUGGCCCACGAGCAAGCAGAAUUACUGGCAAAUGUAGUAAGCUCCAUUAUACUCUAUGCAGUACCAGUUUGAGCUUAUGCGUAAGAAAACUUGUCUGUCUGGCAUAAAAUCAACGUAUCGCCUCUGCGCAUUGAGGGUCACCAUUGCCUUCCUCACAUUCUUAAAUGAGGUAAUAAGAGUAAAAGCGGGAAUGCGAUCAAUAAAUAUAUUGGAGCAGCCCAAUAUAUCCAACCGAAAUAGAGGAUGCUGAACACAUGGUUUUCAAAUACUCGAGUUUUAAAAAAGGACAACAAUAUGUACAGAAUAGUUGGAAACCUCAUCAGACAAAUAGGUAAAGCCGUCUGACAGGAACAGAGACAACCAACUGACGAUAUACGCAGAAAUGCUUGGACGGCCUUAAAUAUUUUACGGUGAUGCCAAGAGAAAAUAUCCAUUGAUAACUGGUUUUUAUAUGUCAGAGCUGCUAUACAUGUUCGGAGAGCUAGAUGAACGAGUGCGACCAUUAAUGUUUUGUGUACGUCGUUGGGCAAAUAGUUGUGGCUUAACUAAUCCGUCUCCUGGACGUUGGAUCACAAAUUUUUCACUUACCUGCCUUGUAAUUUUCUUUUUACAAAAUCUGGAACAGCCCAUUCUGCCCACUAUAAACUCGCUUUUUAGGUCCGCAUCGCAAGAAGAUGUACAUAUUACUGAAGACGGUAUCAAUUGCAGUUUUACCAGAGACUUCAAACGUACUGGAUUCCAUUGUAAAAACAAAAGUCAAAUAAAUGAAUUACUUUUACAAUUUUUUGAAUUCUAUUCACAAUUUGAUUUUCAUAAUCGUGCAUUAUCUCUCAAUGAAGGGCGUGACUUACCUAAACCAGAUCAUUCAGCACUGUAUAUAAUUAAUCCAUUAGAACAGAUAUUGAACGUAAGUAAAAAUGUUAGCCUAGAAGAGUGUGAGAGAUUGCGAAUUGAAAUACGCAACGGAGCGUGGUUACUAGAGUCUGAAAUUGAAUAUUCUACAAUUCCAAAAAGUGAUAAAUAUUCAACAUCCUGGGGAAUUCUUAAUCUAUUUAAAUCUCAUGAAAAUACGAUUACACGUCCAAAUUUUUUUUUAAAACCACGUAUGAUGGAAAUAAAAGAUUUGUUUGAUAGAACGGGGACAGACAAUCCGACACCAGUUAACGGUAAUAGUAGUACUAAAUUUAAAAAUUUAAUUGUAAAAAAACAAGUGCAAAAUAUUAAAUCACAAGCGCGUACUGAGAUAAAACAGAUGCAUUUGAAUGCAACUACAUCGAGUGCUGUGACGAUGACAACUACGACACCUAUAAAAAAAACUUUAAAGAGUAAACGAAGUAGAUGAGAUCAUAACUAAGAAUAGGAAUGUGUAACUUUAUUUUUUACUGUUUCAUAAAAUCUGUAAUAAAUUUAUUUUAAAAUCGA